UCGACUUACAGCUGACAUGAUGGCGUCCAUGAUGAUGCCGCGUGACAUUUAUUGGUUAAGAUAAUAUAAUUGAGAAAUUGCAAGAAAUGAUUUAUAGUUAUCAAGCAAUUAUAAAAAAAUGUCACAUAAAAUGAACGUAACGCGCAGAUUAAUACGAGUAAGCAAACGUCUUGUAAAUACUGAGGCGAAAUGUCAAAACAGACCGGAGUGGAUAAAACCAAUCGGAUAUCAAACCCCAGUAUCUGUAUACAAUCCGAUAACGAAAUGCAAAGUUCCAUUAAUAUUAAAAACGGAAAAUAUUUUGAAGUGGUAUAUGUGCGGACCUACGGUCUACGAUUCAGCGCACAUUGGACAUGCAACAACUUACAUAAGAUCAGAUAUUAUUCGUCGAAUUCUAUCAGAUUAUUUUAACUUAGAUGUAUUAUUGAUAAUGGGUGUAACGGAUAUUGACGACAAAAUAAUUAAAUGUUCCAUUGAAAGCGGUAAAGAUUUCAAGACCUUAUCGAGACAUUUUGAAACUGAAUUUUAUGCUGAUAUGAAUAAGUUAAAUAUUCGUGAACCAUAUUUAUACUGUAGAGUUACAGACUAUAUACCACAGAUCAUACACUUUGUUAAAGAGUUGGUAGCCAAAGGUUAUGGUUAUGUUACAAAAGAUGGAUCUGUUUGCUUUGAUACAAACAAAUAUAACAAAUAUGGUAAAUUAAGAAACCCUAUUCCUGAUGCUGCAAAAAACAAACAUCCGGAUAAAAAAUCAGCAUUAGACUUUGCUUUGUGGAAAGCAUCAAAAGAUAAUGAACCAUCUUGGAAAUGUCCAUGGGGCUAUGGUAGACCAGGCUGGCACAUAGAGUGCAGUGCAAUUGCAAGCGCAGUCUUUGGAAAUUCUGUAGAUGUACACAGUGGUGGAAUAGAUCUGAUUUUUCCCCAUCAUGAGAAUGAAGAAGCACAAUCUUGUUGUUAUCACAAUGUCGAUCAAUGGGUCAAUUAUUGGCUUCAUUGUGGUCAUUUGUAUCUGAAAGGAGAUGUAAAGAUGUCAAAAAGUCUUAAAAACACUAUAAGCAUACAGAAUUAUCUUGAAAACUAUUCAGCAAAUCAUCUUAGAAUGCUUUGCCUACUUUCUCAUUAUCGAAAUGAUAUUGAGUUCUCAGACGAAGUUAUGCAAAAUGCAGUGUUGGUAACCAAAAAAUUUGAUAACUUCAUAAGUGACUGUGAUAAUUAUGUUGCUGGCAAAUUUGAAACCGGUGAAAUUGACGAAAAUCUUUUACUUUCAAUUUUACAUGACACAAGAAAUAAAGUUCAUUCAGCAUUGGCGGAUGAUUUUGAAACUUCAAAAGCUAUACAUGCUAUCAUAAAUCUUGUUGGAAUAGGAAAUAAAAUGUUGCAUCAAAGUAAUAUAACACCUCACAGUAAGAGUGUAAGUGCCAUUGCUGCUGUUUCAAAUUACGUUUCUAAUAUUCUUUCAAAACUUGGCAUUUCACGAUCUACAAUGUCAAUGGCAGAAAAUCGACAAGUUAAAGAUAUUAUUGAUAAUUUUCUGAACUUCAGAAUGGCUGUCAGAACUAAAGCACUUGAACAAAAUCCAAAAGAUACAAUUUUAUUAAAAGAAUGCGAUAAUGCACGAACGAAUUUGUCUACUUGUGGAAUUGUAAUAAAGGAUCAGCAAGGUGUCACUAGUUGGAGUUGGAAAUAGAAUAAUUCUAUGUAAUUACAGAUUAAAUAAAAGUUUAUUAUAAAAAGAA